UUACCCUCAAGUUCAUACAAAAUGAAUUACUACAAACACCCCACAUCGGAGACCACAAAAACAACUACGCUGGAAGACAACUACAAGAAGCAUCUACAAGUUAUUAAUGUGGCAAUAAAUAUGGCACUCAUGAUUACAUAUAUUCCCUAUGAUAGCACCAACGUGGAUGUUCUAUGUCUUUUUUUUUUUUUAGAGGAAUGGAUGUUGUAAUGUUGGUAAGAGCUAGAAAGGAUAGUUGACUAUUGACUAGUUUUAUGUGAAGGAUUACGAGUUUUAAAAAUUUCGAAAUUAGAUUGUGAUUUAUUCUACAGCCUUAUAUAAAUGAAUUGUAGCCGUUAGUUCAAAGUAGGCGUUGGCGGCAUUUUCCUCAUAACCCCUCCGACGCCGUGCUUAUCCUCUACGCUAAACCGAUGGACGACAGCCACCUCAGAUUCCCUCCCAAAAACCAGAAUUUCGAGAUAAUUUUGGGUUCGUCCUCGAAGGCGCGUCGGGAGAUUCUGGCUGAGAUGGGCUAUGAGUUCACAAUCAUGAGUGCAGAUAUAGAUGAGCAAAGUAUCAGGAAGGAAAGACCUGAAGACCUUGUUAUGGUCCUAGCUGAAGCAAAGGCUGAUGCUAUUAUGAAGAAGCUCAAGAGUUGUGAUCAAGUGGAGGAAAUGUCACGUUCUACCCUGCUGAUAACUGCUGAUACAGUGGUGGUGUAUCAAGGGGCUAUUAGAGAAAAGCCAUCGAGUGAGGAAGAAGCACGAAAGUUUAUUAGAGACUAUUCUGGUGGUUCAGGCAAAGUUGUGGGGUCAGUAGUUGUAACUAAUUUAGUGACAGGUAGUCGAAAAGGAGGAUGGGAGAGUGCAGAGGUUUAUUUCCUAGAGAUACCUGAUGAAGUCAUUGAUAGCUUGAUUGAGGAGGGAAUAACUUUAAAUGUGGCUGGAGGCUUGAUGCUUGAACAUCCACUGAUUUUGCCUUUGGUAGACACUGUGGUAGGAACCGCUGAUUGCGUGAUGGGACUCUCAAAAACUUUGACAGAGAAACUUAUUCAGGAAGCCCUUGUUGAAAGUUGAAACCAUGGUUUAGUUGACUCUGCUUCUUCCCCAAAGAAAAUCUAGAUUCUUCAACCAGGCAUAACUUUUAGGAAAGAUUCAUAUUCUUGUGUAAUAUUGGUUGAGCAAACUGCUCUCCACAUGAAAACUAGCCUCUUUUUUUUUUUUGUCUCCUUAUUCUGACGUUUCAAACUUGUGAUCUGUUAGCAUCUCUUUGGAAAUGCAUCAUUGGGUGUAUUAGCUAGAAAGUUUGAUUGUGUAUUCUAUGACACCCUUGUCUAAUGACUAAAUUGUCAAAUUAAAAACAUAAAUUUUAAAGUUGAAUGUUUGUUUUUAUCAAA